AUGCUGCUCCGAUUCUCUAUAUUCCUAAUUUUUAUUCUACUCCUCAUUGUUGAAACGGAUGCUCAAACAUGCGGAAAAAGAAAGAAAGUCGUCCCUCAAAUGAUCAAAUGGGCGAAAGAAGGCGAUGAAGACCCGCUAUCGUUGGGCAAGAUCUUAAUGGGGAAGGGGCGUGAAGGGAAGCCGCUUGGAAAUGGGAACGACGGCGGGAACCCU